AUGAGGCUACUGUGCGCCUCUAAUGGACUUCGAUCCACUCACAGGGCGUUAGUUUCCGCAACCCGGUACCAACAACGCGCCUACAAUGCCGCCGUGAUCGGCGCCGGCAUCACUGGCCUAACGGCCGCCUGGCAGCUAGCUCAAGACCCCACAUGCUCCAAGGUCACGCUGUAUGAGAAGUCAGCACGCCUGGGUGGUUGGCUCGAGUCUGAGACGAUUCCAGUCGACGGUGGAGAUGUGGUCUUCGAGUAUGGCCCGCGCACCUUAAGAAGUGCCAUGCCGGCAUCGCUGCCGCUGCUCUAUUUGGUCUCAAGCCUAGGGCUAUUCAACGAACUUAUCACUACCUCCAGGCGAAGCCCCGCGGCGUUGAAUCGUUACAUCUACUACCCGGAUCACCUAGUCCGGCUGCCCACGCCAGACCCAGGUCUCUCAAUCACCGAAAAUAUCCAGAAUAUUUACAAGGCCGUUAUGAAUGAACCACUAUUUGAAGGAUUGGUGCCAGGUAUCCUCCUUGAGCAUUCCAAACCCGCGCGACCGCCAGAGCUAUGGGGUGGGGAUGAGUCCGUCGCUCAAUUCAUUUCUCGGCGAUUCAAUCACAAAGUUGCGGACAAUCUGGUUUCAGCAGUGAUGCACGGCAUCUAUGCUGGUGACAUUGAUCGAUUGAGUGCGCAAAUGCUCUUGGGUGGAAUCCGCAAUCUUGAAGAUGGCGGCGUCCUCUACAGUCUACUGAUGAACUCAAUGAUGGGCAAGAAGACAAGGCUAAUGGACGAUUUCCUGGCCGUGGACGCAAUCUCCAAAACACCGGAAUCUUUAGAUCGCUCCGAGGAUAUUUUCAAUGUGGUCAAGAAGGCUAGCACCUUUACCUUCAAGCGAGGAACACAGCAGCUUGUCGAGAGCUUAGUUGACGCGUUGAACACAUCUAACAAAGUCGAUAUCAUUAUCAACGCAAAUAUCAAAUCCAUGGAUCGGCCGGAGAAUCCUGGCCACAAAAUAAAGAUCGAUUCCGAAGCAAAUGGCGUCCAAUCCUACGACAAUGUCAUCGCUGCGGUUCCUGCGCCGGCUUUGGCCCAUAUUAUGGACCCUACGGCCCGCUUCACCAUGGAAGAAGUUGUGGAUCAAGUGGGCAGGACUUACUACCUCGACGUGCAGAAUCACUCCAAGCCCGUCACAGACACUCUUGCGAGUCUUCAGCUGCAUAGCAGCGCGUCAACCGUAAUGGUCGUCAAUUUGUAUUACCAGAAUCCCAACCUUCUGCCCGUCGAGGGCUUUGGAUACUUAAUCCCGCGCUCUAUCCCAUUCGAGCAAAAUCCUGAAUGUGGUCUGGGCGUUAUCUUUGCCUCAACAUCCAGCGUUGGCCAGGCUGCCAUGGCUCCAUAUGAAACCGUGUCGCAAGAUUCGGCCCCUGGCACGAAGAUCACGAUCAUGUUCGGUGGCCAUUACUGGGACGGGUGGAAAAAGGAGGAUUAUCCAGACCACAAAACCGCCGUGCGCAUGGCUCAAACCAUGCUGGAGAGACAUAUCGGCAUCACAGAUACCCCGGCAGUCGCCCGGAGCCGUUUGCAAGAAAACGCUAUUCCGCAGUACAGACCGGACCACCUCACAAACAUGUACAAGCUGUCAUUAGCCGCCAAGGAGGAAUACCACGGCCGGCUUGUCCUUGCUGGCAACUCGUAUAAUGGUGUCGGCGUGGGCGACUGUGUCCGACAGGGGAUUCUCGCUGCUACUUAUGGCGUUGGUCGACAUGAGCUCCAAGCUGGUCCUGGUGAUUGGUGCCCCUGGAAGGACUGGGAUUAUCGGAGAUGGGACUUAAGAGGUGGCAUUCCUACUGCGCCCGUGCGGCUGUUCGAGUCCAGUGUUUGA